UGAUUGACUUCAUUCGCGUAUCCUCAUUGUCUGCUUGCAUCACUGAAUCACCUCUCCGGCGGAGAUACAAGACAAUCAACGCCCAGAUUUCGAUCACGGCAUCAACAACUCUGCCCAACUCCCUUUUUUUCUUUCUUGAUUACGUAAGAAACUAAUUGAGUGUUCAUCGUUACAUAUCAAAUAAAAGCUUGGCAAUUUCCAUGGCGCUGUCUGUUUCUAGAAGGCUUUUACGUCGUUUUGGCUCUUUUUCUGCGUUUAAUCGCUGCAAUUUUUCGAGAGUCGCCAAUCAUUUCUCUCCCACUCCCUGUGAUUCUUAUGGUGUUUCAUCUGGGUGUAAAUCAUUUACUUCAAAGGGUGGGUCAUUUUUACUUGCUUGCCGAAAGCUCUCAACAACUAUUUUGACUCCUGACUCGAGUGAUGGUGGUUUUCCCUCCGAUUUGCUGUCCAAGAAGACUGUGCUAACACCGGAUCGUACCAUAGGACUUUGUCAGGAUCUGGUAAUACCAGUGACAAGCUUCCUUAAUGAAGACAAGGGCUUCAUGGUCUUGGCUGGUGAUGUUUUUGAUGUGCCUAUCAGGAAGGACAUCAUUCAUCGUGUUGUACGGUGGCAGCUAGCAAAAAGACAACAGGGAACACAUUCAACAAAAACUAUUAGUGAGGUCAGCGGAACUGGGAGAAAGCCUUGGCGGCAAAAGGGUACUGGUCGAGCUAGGCAUGGAACAUUGCGUGGUCCCCAGUUCAGGGGUGGUGCUACCAUGCAUGGCCCUAAGCCACGAAGCCAUGCUUUUAAAUUGAACAAAAAGGUGCGGCGUCUAGGAUUGAAGAUUGCUCUUUCUGCUCGAGCAGCAGAAGGGAAGCUUAUGGUUUUUGACAAUUUAGAGGUUCCAACACAUAAAACCAAGAAUAUUGUGAAUUAUUACAAGCAAAUGGAAAAUACAAAGAAAGUUUUGCUGGUUGAUGGUGGCCCAAUCAAUGAAAAGCUGAAGUUGGCUACCCAAAAUUUACAUUAUAUCAACGUACUUCCAUCAAUUGGAUUGAAUGUUUACAGCAUCCUGCUGCAUGACACAUUGGUGAUGUCCCGUGAUGCUGUGAACAGGAUUGUCGAGCGGAUGCACACUCCCAUUAAUCGAUGAGUCCGAACAGGAAUCAGGGAGUGAAUGUCUACAGGAUUCUGCUGCCUGACACAUUGGUAAUGCCCUGUGAUGCUGUGAACAAGAUUGUUGAGCGGAUGCACACUCCCAUUAAUUUUCAAACAGGAACAGAAUAAUUUGUAUCUGGCAUUUCGGUUAAAAUAUCCAGAUGCCUCACAAGAUAACCGUUUUACUGUGUCAAUUUUCUUGUGUUUUUGAGGCUUCACCAUAAAUUUUGUAGUUAAAUUCAGUUUGAAUCCCAAACAUGAAAUGCCAUAUCAUAGACAAGACCAAAUCAUCAUUUUCCUUCA